CCGCCGCUCUCUCACGCGGCCCCCCAGCUUUCCCUCCCCAAGUAGUUUUUCACCCCCUUUCGACAUUUUUUUUUCCUGAAGCCUGACUGGGGAGGGGGGAGUGGAAGAGAAAGAGUGAAGAAAAGUUGCAAACGUCUCCUCUCUUCUAAGCCUCCCGCCCCCACCCGCCCCUCUGAGGAGAAGCUUCUGUGGUGAGGCGCUGAGGAGCCGGACGGAGCGACGGACGGGACGGGACGCGAGCGGCCGCGCAGCCGCCCUCCCCGCUCGGCGGCGGCGCCUCGCGAGCCCGGGAGGCGAGGGGGCCCGAGAGGGAGACGCGCUGACAACUUUCGUUUCCCUCUGAGAGAGUCGGGAGGUUAGCUGCCCCAAAAGCCUUUCAGUCCAGGGUAAAGCCGUUGGAGCAAGGGAGCAAAGGUAGAGAGUGAGGUAAUGCCCUGGCAACCCCAAAGCCUCUUUUGUUGUGGAGCGGUUGUUGCAGUCAUCUCUUUAUGAACCCAGCGUGAGGGGCUGCUUUGUGGAAGGGAGUCCUGGGCAGGAGCUCAUCAAGCAAAAGAGAAAGAGACGUUUACUUGGAGGGCUGUUGCUGAACAUGGAUUUAACUCUCCUUUUGCCGCUCACCAGUAGCCUGACCUCACACAUCUUGAGUACAAUGGAGUGGCUCAGCCUUUGAGCACGCCACCAUUACAUCAUUGUGGCAAAUUAAAGACGGAGGUGGAAAAAGAGGACUCAUUGUUGUCAUGGCCCAUGAGAUGAUUAGAACUCAAAUUCUUACUGAUAAGUUGGUGGCUCUCCUGGAAAGUGGAACGGAAAAAGUGCUGCUAAUUGAUAGCCGGCCAUUUGUGGAGUACAAUACCUCCCACAUUUUGGAAGCCAUUAAUAUCAACUGCUCCAAGCUUAUGAAGCGAAGAUUGCAACAGGACAAAGUGUUGAUUACGGAACUCAUCCAGCACUCUGCAAAACAUAAGGUUGACAUCGACUGCAGUCAGAAGGUUGUGGUGUAUGAUCAGAGCUCCCAAGAUGUAGACUCCCUGUCUUCAGACUGUUUCCUCACUGUACUUCUGGGCAAACUGAGGAAGACCUUCAGCUCUGUUCACCUGCUUGCAGGUGGGUUUGCUGAGUUCUCUCGUUGUUUCCCUGGCCUCUGUGAAGGAAAAUCCACUCUAGUUCCUACCUGCAUUUCUCAGCCUUGCUUACCUGUUGCCAACAUUGGGCCAACACGAAUUCUUCCCAAUCUUUAUCUUGGCUGCCAGCGGGAUGUCCUCAACAAGGAGCUUAUGCAGCAGAAUGGCAUCUGUUACGUGUUAAAUGCUAGCAGCACCUGUCCGAAGCCAGACUUCAUCCCUGAUUCUCAUUUUCUGCGGGUACCUGUGAAUGACAGCUUCUGUGAGAAAAUCUUACCGUGGCUGGACAAAUCUGUAGAUUUCAUUGAGAAAGCAAAAGCCUCCAACGGGUGUGUCCUGGUGCACUGCCUGGCUGGGAUCUCUCGCUCUGCCACCAUUGCCAUAGCCUACAUCAUGAAGAGGAUGGACAUGUCUUUGGACGAAGCUUACAGAUUUGUGAAAGAAAAAAGACCUACUAUCUCUCCCAACUUCAACUUUCUGGGCCAGCUCCUGGACUAUGAGAAGAAGAUUAAAGAUCAGCCUGGGGUGCUGGUGCCCAGGAGUGCCAUCACGCUGCCACACGCGGAGAAGCCCAGCGAGCCUGGCCCUGCUGCCUCCGAGGGGGGUCGGCCAAGGGCGGGGGUCCCCACUGUCCCCUCUGCCAACUCCGCUACCUCAGAGGCAGCAGGGCUGGGGCCCGUGCCACCCACCUGCGGGCCCAGCAUGCCGCCUGCCCUGCAGGAGGACAGCCUGCUGGUCCAGGCACUCAAUGGGCUCCACCUGCCCUCAGACAGGCUGGAAGACAGCAGUAAGCUCAAGCGGUCCUUCUCUCUGGACAUCAAGUCGGUGACGUGUUCGGCCAGCACGGCGGCCUCCUUGCACGGCUUCUCCGAAGAUGCUCUGGAAUACUUAAAGCCUUCCGCGACUCUGGAUGGGACCACCAAACUCUGCCAGUUCUCCCCCGUGCAGGAGGUAUCGGAGCAGACUCCCGAGAACAGCCCGGACAAGGAAGAGGCCGGAGGGCCCCAGAAGCCGCAGCCUCCCUGGCCUCCGGAGAGCCAGAACCUGCGGCUACACGCAGUGCGUGGUAGUGGCACCCCGCCGAGGGCUCGUGUGGCCCCCCUGCACCGCAGCGGGAGCGUGGAGGACAAUCUCCACCCCGGCUUCCUCUGGGGAACCCCCACCAGCCAGCAGCACCUUACCACGUCAGCUGCUGGGCUGGGCCUCAAGGGCUGGCACUCCGACAUCUUGGCCCCCCAGACCUCGAGCCCUGCCUUGCCCAACAGCUGGUAUUUCAGCACUGAGUCCUCUCACUUCUACUCUGCCACCGCCCUCUAUGGAGGCAGUACCAGCUGCUCUGCCUACAGCUGUAGCCAGCUGCCCACAGGCAGUGACCAGGUGUGCUCUGUGCGCAGGCGCCAGAAGCCCAGUGACCGAGCGGACUCCCGGCGGAGCUGGCACGAGGAGAGCUCCUUCGAGAAGCAGUGUAAGCGCAGGAGCUGCCAGAUGGAAUUCGGGGAGAGUAUCAGGGCUGAGAAGAGGUCGCGCGAGGAGCUGGGCAAGCUGGGCAGCCAGUCGAGCUUCUCCGGCAGCAUGGAGAUCAUCGAGGUCUCCUGAGCAGACAGGCCUGCGGGCUGCUCCUGGCAACUUGGGUUCACAGAAAAAUUCCCUGUAAAUCUGAAAUACACAUAUGUACAGACAUAUCUAUUUUUGGAAAAUGGAGCUAUGGUGUAAAAGCGAACAGUGGGUCCGCACAGCCUUUCCCUCUCACCA